GGCAAGUCAGAAUAAAUGGGGAUCUGUCCUAAUCUUGCUGUCGGGGACUAAGGCCGUCAAAACAAAUGUCUAAGGUCAGUGUACCAAGACAUUGGAGACCCCAUCCUGCCUGAACUUCCCUGACUUGAAUUUUGAGAUUGAUUUAGGUUUUGUGUUACAACGCAUCUGAGUCAAAAAGGGACAGUUCUGCUGCACCCUGCUUUGAGAUACGAAUCAGUAUGGCCCAUUAAUAAAAGAAAACAACUUGUUAUCAAGAAGGAGCCUGAAAGAUGCGUUGUAGCAGAGCCUGAAGGAAAAAAAAAAUUGCAGCCUCCCCUAAUUCCUUGGUUAAUGUUUACUUCUCCUGCUAUAUAAUAUAAACUUGCAUCUUUGCUUCCUGGCUUUCUUUUCCUAAUGGAUCUCAGGUCCCACUGAGCUAAUUAAACAGUAUUUUAUCUCUUCCCUUUUCCUCUCACUUUGGUCUGCAUAUCUUGCUUUGUUUUAUACUCACAAUCGCUUUUGAGCAAACACAGUCAUGUCUACCUUUUGGAGCUGGAUAUGGGCUCAUCGGAACUACCUGAUCAUCUUCCUCACACCUCUGCUGUUGCUGCCUCUGCCUCUGGUGAUUCCGACCAAGGAGGCAAGCUGUGGGUUCGUGAUCAUCCUGAUGGCUCUGUACUGGUGCACAGAGGCCCUUCCUCUCUCCGUCACUGCCCUGCUGCCCGUGGUGCUCUUCCCCAUGAUGGGCAUCAUGACGUCUUCCAAUGUGUGUGUCCAGUACCUGACAGACAGCAACAUGCUGUUCAUUGGGGGUCUGCUGGUGGCAAUAGGUGUGGAACACAGGAACCUGCACAAGCGCAUUGCCCUGCGAGUUCUGCUCGUCGUAGGAGUCAAGCCUGCCUUUCUCAUGAUGGGCUUCAUGGGCACCACUGCCUUCCUGUCCAUGUGGAUCAGCAACACGGCCACCACCGCCAUGAUGGUGCCCAUUGCGCAGGCCGUGCUGGAGCAGCUCAGCAACAGCGAGGCCGAGGCCGACCAGCUGGAGCUGCAGAACGGGCACGCCAACCACAGCUUCGAACCCGACCCCAAGACUGGCCUUCCGGCCGAGCACAAGGACGGCACGGAGGAUGGCAAAGGCACGUGCCCGGCGAUGACCAUGGAGGCGGGCGUCGACGCUGCCAGCGAGAUGGCCAGCCGGCGGGCGGAGAAGUACGCCAACCUGUACAAAGGGAUGAGCCUGAGCGUGUGCUACGCGGCCAGCAUCGGGGGCACUGCCACGCUGACCGGCACCACCCCAAACCUCAUCCUCAAGGGCCAGAUUGACAAGAUCUACCCCCAGAAUGGAGACGUGAUCAACUUCGCCAGCUGGUUUGGAUUUGCUUUUCCGAACAUGGUCCUCAUGCUGUCUCUGUCGUGGGUCUGGCUCCAGUUCAUUUAUCUGGGCUUCAAUCUCAAGCAGACGUUUGGCUGUGGUGGUAAAACUGCCGCGGACAAGCGGGCGUACCAGGUGAUAAAGGAUGAGUACAAGAAGCUGGGCGGAAUGAACUUCUCCGAGGUGGCCAUCCUGAUUCUCUUCGUCACACUGGUGCUGCUCUGGUUCACAAGGGAACCCGGCUUUAUACCUGGAUGGGCCACGUAUCUCUUCAACAAGAAUGACGAGCAGUUUGUCACUGAUGGGACGGUGGCGAUAUUCAUGUCCCUGCUGCUGUUUGUAAUCCCAUCGGAGCUCCCGGAGUUUUCUUUGUCUGGCAGCACAACGGAUGGAGGCAGGAUCAAGGCCCCGAAGCCUCUGCUGAUCUGGGAGGUGGUCCAUGAGAAGAUGCCCUGGAACAUCAUCCUGCUCCUGGGUGGCGGGUUCGCCCUGGCCAAGGGCAGCGAGGAUUCGGGGUUGUCUAAGUGGCUGGGUCAGAGUCUCUCCCCGAUGAAGGAGAUCCCUGCGCCCGCCACGGCCAUCCUGCUGUCCUUCCUGGUGAGCACCUUCACCGAAUGCUCCAGCAACACCGCCACCACCACCCUCUUCCUGCCCAUCCUGGCCUCCAUGGCCACAGCCAUUCAGCUCAACCCUCUGUAUGUCAUGCUGCCCUGUACCAUCUGUGCCUCCUUGGCCUUCAUGCUGCCAGUGGCCACCCCACCCAAUGCCAUUGUCUUCUCCUACGGAAACCUCAAAGUCAUAGACAUGGCAAAAGCUGGAGCUAUGCUGAAUGUAAUAGGUGUCCUCUCAAUAAACCUGGCCUUGAACACCUGGGGAACAGCCAUCUUCCAUCUGGACACGUUUCCCACUUGGGCAAACAUGACAGACAACGCUCCCUGAGCCACACGCACUGUGAGGUGAGGGACAGGGACAUAGAGAGAUGGCAGAGGGAGGGGAGGAAGAGAUCUGCGACUGGGGCCGGAUUGUCCAAAACCACAGCCCUACCACAGGAUCUUCAUCAUCAUCAUCACUGUCAUCAUCAGCACCCCCAAAGACUGGCUUCUCUCCUCCCCCAGUAGAUAGAGCCGAUUCUCUCUCGUGUUUCCAGCCUUCUCUAAUACAGCAGGAAACCUCAAGCAAGUUCUUUCAUCCCCCCGUGAAACAGCAUCCACACAGAGGAAGAGAAAGAGGAACUUGACCAACUGAGAUUCAGAACUUCUCGCCCUCCUCAUUCACGCGGAGGGCUUGACCGAUGUCAGGGGCUGUAAUUCCACGGGCUACGAAACACAAUUCAGAUAAAUUAAAUUAAGUUAUAUUAUUUCUCAUCAAACGAACACGUUUCUGAGAGCACGGCAAGCAUUUUUUUUUACAUUUUGUAUCUUUACAGGGUUACCUUUGUGGUUUUGUUAAUAUCGAGAAAUUGUUGUAUGAAUUACGUGUCUCCCUUCACAUAUGAGGAUCAGGGAUCAAUUAGGAUCUUUUAACAUGGGGUUUUACAGCUUCAUGGCAUUUUGCAACAUUUUUCUCAGGAGCCUUCUUGCAAUAAUUUUGCAUUGCAUUGUCUCAGAAACUCAACGUAAAGACACUUUCUAGCUGAACGAUAUAUGCAAGGCUGAAGUCUGUAGUAGUCUGAAUAGAGAAAGCUCCCCUGUUUGGUUAACUCUUAAAAAUGUAAUCAGAUAUUUUUUUUUAAAAGCCAACAACAUGUGUGUUGAUUAAUUAAAAAAAAAAUACUUUGACUAAUUGUUUGUAUGUCUAGUAUAUUGUAAAUUAAACAAGCCUUUGACAAGCAGGUACUGUAUAUGCAAUAAAGUAUGUAGCAUUUUUAUUAUAUACUGUAUAUAGCAAAGGGCUGCUGUAUAGAAUUUAUAAUACUAUUCAUUUUCUUCUGAAGUUAAAGUUUAAAUAUAUUCCACAGUAUUUAAUUGGAGUCAUAGGUUAAUGGGUUUAUAAAACAGCUCAUAAAAGAGAUAAAAAAGCUACAACACUUCCUUGUUCAGCUUAUUCAAAAAAAAUUACUGUAUAAGCAUAUCUUAACUAUUGCUUAGUUUUCCAUUUUUCCCCAGGUUUUUAACUAGUGUGUUAUAUUGUUUCAUCUGGAAUAAACAGCAGCAACAACGGAUAAUUACUUGUAACUGGGAACAGCCCCUCGAUGCUUGCAGAUCAUGUGAAAUAUGUUUUAGCAUGGCAGUCAGUAUGUCAGGCACUAUGCAGAGAGGUGUAUUAAUGAUGUAUUGGGAUACAGUGCAGAUCCUGGCCUAGAAGAGUUCUGGACGGUACAUUCGUACCUUCCAGACACACAUGCUUUGAAAGUCAUCCACAAGGCUUGAUCUGGUUAAGCAGUGCUGGCAACGUGACAGACUGCUGUAGUCAUCCUUGUCUUGGAAUUAAAUUGGCUGUGCUGUUGUGUGUUGUGUGAGAAAUACAAAACACUUCUGAAAUGUCCCCGGGGGGAGUUUCGUGCUAGGAAAGAGCCAUAUUGCAUCCCUUUGUUACAGAGUGUGAUAUUUGCUCCUCAGAAUGACGAUCCAUCACAUGUCUUCUGAUAGUUUCCACCCACAGUUAAAAAAAACUCUUCAAAAAGCUGUUGAAAUCAGACAGGUUAGCUGAAAGGUUACCAGCUCAGGUUUGCUUCUGCGCUGACAGACUAAAUCUGCUUCUGUUCUGAUCUUUAUCUGUAAUAUAAUUGAGGGUGAAUAAAUCCUGCUCUCUGCAUUGUCUUUUUACCAUAAACUGUGUGUGAGGAUUUUAGCAAUCAAGAGUUCAGUCCUUUUUUGAACAACGUGUUGAUAAAACAAUUUUGUAAGAACUCUUGAAUAUUCUGUGAACUCGUGCUUUCUUUCAACUUCAAGUUUUACUUCAAGUAAAACACUAGGGGUUUGGAAAUGUGUGGAGCUUCUUCAAAGCUUCUUUAAAUCUCCAAAGGCCCUUUAUCCUGUGUGUAACAAAUAUCAACAGAUCACAUUUUAGAAAGACACUGUGGUUGGUUUAAAUUAAACCCACAUAGACGAG